AUGCGCGUCGGCAGCCAAAAUGCUUGGGAUGCGGGCGAGGGCUUCGCGUGCACGGGCGUCGUGACGGCGAAGAUGCUCAAAGGAAUUGGCUGCGAGUGGGUCCUGCUUGGGCACUCUGACCGGCGCAACGUCCUGGGCGAAACUGAUGGGCUCAUAAGCACAAAGGUCAGGCAGUGCCUGGAAAGCGGCCUCAGUGUGAACAUCACGAUUGGCGAGAAAGCCGAGGCGCGGAGUGCCGGCGAGGAGCUGAAGGUGCUGGAGGCGCAGCUGGGCGAAGCGGCGAAAGGUGUUCCGGCAGAUGCCUGGGGAAGGGUCGCUGUCGCUUAUGAGCCCGUGUGGGCCGUGGGCGAGGGCGCGACCCCAUGCCAGCCGGAGGAGGCCCAGCGAGUGCAUGCGGCCCUACGGGCAUUCCUGGAGUCCCAGGUGGGCCCUGAGGCGGCCAAGGAAUGUCGGUUCCUUUACACCGGUUCGGUGAACGAGAAGAACGCCCAGGACUACGCUUCGCUUCCGGACGUCGACGGCUUUGUCGUGGGGCGUGCGGGCUUGGACUGCGCCAAGCUCGCGUCGAUCUGCAGCACCCUCAAGGCUGCGAAGGACCAGGGCAGCUAA